AUUUCAGAGGGACUUGGACAAAACCAUCUGACAAAAUGUGGAAAGAGGAAAGACUCACCUGAGUUCCAGUUGAAAUUACAGACAUCCUGCCAAAAUGUUUUCUUCAAGGCCCAGACUUGUCGUACCUUAUGGCCUCAAGACUCUGCUCGAGGGAGUUAGCAGAGCUGUUCUCAAAACCAAUCCGCAGAACAUCACCCAGUUUGCAGCAGUUUAUUUUAAAGAACUUAUUGUGUUUAGAGAAGGAAAUGCUUGUCUGGAUAUAAAAGAUCUGAUUAAACAGUUUCAUCAGAUUAAAGUUGAGAAAUGGUCAGAAGGAACGACACAAGAGAAGAAACCAGAAUAUGCAAAAGAACCCAGAGUAACACCCACAGUUUCCAGAGAACCUACACGGAUGGAAAAAUCUACAGACACAGAGGAGGACAAUAUAGCUGGACCACUAUUUAGCAACAAAACCACUCAGUUCCCAUCAUUCUGUGCUGAGCAGUUCAUACAGCCCGAGGAGACAGCUAAAGCAGUCCGUGAGCCUUCAAAACCAUCCACCCCUACCACCUUACCCUCAUCACCAUCUCCAGCAGAUGUCCCACCAGAGUUUGCCUAUGUCCCAGCUGACCCAGCUCAAUUUGCUGCUCAGAUGUUAGGUAAAGUUUCAUCUAUUCAUUCUGAUCAAUAUGACGUUGUAAUGGUGGAUGUGGCAACAAGAGUGCCUGAUGUUUCCAGCAAGGUGCCGAGUUCAGAGGCUACUGAAGAUAAUGUGGUGGCCGCUUCUGUUGUGUAUUCUGGAGAGGGGUUAGCAGUGCAGGUUGUGAGCCACGCAUCUAUCCAUGUAGAUUUGGGUUCUAACUCUAAAGACAAGGUUGAACCACCAACGGCUUCCUCAUUCCCCUUGCAGGAUGAACAAGAACCUCCUGCUUAUGCUCAAACUCCUAAGGUCUCUCUGCAGGCUGAUGCUGGGGUUACAUCAACUGUUCAUAUAUCAUCUAUCUAUAACGAUCAGCCUGUCACUGAAGGAGUUACUAAUAUGGAGCAAACACCAGAACCAAUACUUAUCCCUUUUACUGCUCGUCUUAAAGAGACUGAGCUGACACCACCAGUUAGUCCCAUACUUGUAAGCAAGACAGCCUCACGCAUAUCUGAGAAAUCUAUAGGUUCUGCAAACUAUGCACAGUUGGCGGAUGCAAAACAUGAUCCCUCAGUACACAUGGAGGCAGAAGCAACCAUUCUGAUCUCUGACACCUCUCUGAAAAGCCUGCUUACACAGUCCCUGAAUGCAGAGGGCUCUACCAAAACAGUAGGCUCUGAAAAAUCUCUGCACCUUGAAGUGGAGAUCAUUGCGCUAGUCCCGGGGCAGGAGGAAAACUCUGCACCCCAGGAGAUGGAGGUCCAACCUGUGGCCUCUGGGGAAGCCGCAAAAGCUGGGAACUCAGGUGCAUUUGUAAGAUCAUCUAGUGGCCCCCCCAGUCCUGCUGCAGAAGGUCCUACUGCAGAAGGUCCUACUGAACCAGAACUCGAACCAGAAGGGGAAGCAACACCCGAACAAGGUUUGACGGAACCAGCAAUAGCAACAAGCGAAGCAGGACAACCACCACCAUACUCUAACACGUGGACCCUUUACUGUCUAACUGAUAUGAAUCAACAAAGUCGCCCAUCACCGCCACCUGCACCUGGGCCUUUCCCCCAAGCAACCCUCUAUUUAUCUAAUCCUAAGGAUCUGCAGAAUCCACCGAAGGUUACUUCUCCAACUUAUGUGAUGAUGGACGACUGCAAGAAGACCUGUGCCCCACCUUUUAUUUUAGUAGGUUCAAAUGUUCAGGAAGCACAGGAUUGGAAGCCUCUUCCUGGACAUGCUGUUUCCCAGUCAGAUACCUUGAAGAGAUUCGCUGCAGUCCAAGUACCCAUUGCUGUUCCUGCAGAUCAGAAAUUCCAGAAAUACCCCCGAAAAUCCCUGAAUGCUAGUCCUCCUACAAGUGGACAAGAUGGCCCCAGGCCAAAGAGCCCAGUUAUCCUUUCUGUUGCUUUCCCAGUAGAAGAUGUAGCCAAAAAAUGUUCAGGAUCUGGUGACAAACGUACUCCCUUUGGAAGUUAUGGUAUUGCUGGAGAAAUAACUGUGACUAAUGCCAAUAUGCACAAAGCAGAGAAUUAAAACUGGCAGAUGCUGAAAAUGAGGCUGCCUGAGUCGACGUUCGAGGUGGAGUCUGCCACCAAGCGUAAUGUAUCAAUAAACUUCA